AUAGGGUCAAUCUGAAAAGCAGAAAAAAAUAAAGGGGCAUUCGAGUAAAACGAGAAAAAACUUCAACGGCACCGAACCAUCUACAUAUAACAGUUUUUUUCCCAACCGUGACCAAACCACCAAAUUAAAGCUCCAACUUUUCUCCGAAACAAAACCAAUGAAGAAAAAGAAAAACUAAAGGAAAGAUCCACCAAGAAAUUCAGCAGCACUGGACACGCCGACGUUUUUAACGCCGGCGACUACCCACUUGUCCGGACAUUUUGGUAAACACUUAAACCAUGAAGCGAGGCUUCAGCUUUUCCUUGCCUGUAACCGCUGUCGUUUCGGCCAUCGCUUUUAUUUACUUUUGUACGGUCUUUAUUUUCAUUGACCGCUGGUUCGGUCUAAUGACCUCUCAUGGUAUCUUGAACGCUGUCGUUUUCACCGGUGUUGCCGUAAUGUGUGUGUUUAAUUACAGCUUUGCCAUCUUCGCGGAUCCCGGUCGGGUCCCGUCUUCGUUCAUGCCCGAUAUCGAAGAUUCCAAAGUUUCUAUCCAGGAGAUCAAACGCAAGGGAGGGGAUUUGAGAUAUUGUCAAAAGUGUUCUCAUUUUAAACCUCCUCGCGCACAUCACUGUCGCGUUUGCAAGAAAUGUGUUCUGAGAAUGGAUCAUCAUUGCAUUUGGAUUAGUAAUUGUGUCGGCCAUUCCAACUACAAGGUCUUCUUCGUCUUCAUUGUAUAUGCCGUAAUUGCUUGCAUCUAUUCUUUGGUUUUACUUGUGGGUAGCAUAACUAAUGAUUCCCAAAAAGAUGAGCAGCAAAGUGCAGAUUCUUUCAGAAUCACAUAUGUUAUUUCUGGACUGUUGCUAGUCCCAUUAAGUGUUGCCUUAAGUGUUUUGCUGGGUUGGCAUAUCUACCUCAUUUUGCAAAAUAAGUCCACAAUUGAGUAUCAUGAAGGGGUGAGAGCUAUGUGGCUUGCGGAGAAAGGAGGAAAUGUCUAUGAGCAUCCAUAUGAUCUCGGUGCCUAUGAAAAUCUAACAACGGUAUUGGGUCCAAGUAUCUUCUGCUGGAUAUGCCCCGCAUCGAGACACAUAGGUAAUGGUCUACGCUUUCGAACAGUCUAUGAUGCCAUAUCUGCUGCAUCAAUAUCAACAUGAAGUUUCAA